UCCACACUAUGCGGAAGUGUGGCGGCCUGUUUCGCGUUGGUCUGUGCUGCCGGCAGCUGUCCGCAAAGACUCAUCAUCAUCGCCAGCAGCAACAUCGACGUUUCGCAUCCGACCGCGUGGAGGUCAGUGAGCCGUUCGUGUGGGACAGCGAGUCAUCCUGGAGGGACUUCAUGCUCAUGAAUGAUCAACUCACGGAGGAAGGUAGGCGCAGACGCCAGAGAUCUGCCACGGGUGAUCUGCCACCUCUUCAUGUGCACGUGUGUGUGUAUGAUGAUGUUCCUUUCCUCCCGCAGAGCGGCUCAUUCGUGACUCUGCGCAGGCCUUCUGCAGUCGGCAACUGUUUCCCCGUAUCAAGGAGGCCUUCAGACACGAAACAUUCACUAAGAAUGUCUUCAUCGAGAUGGGGAGGUAGGUGACCACACACGCACUUCGUGAAUCGGGGUUCACUUGGCUUACUUGCGUCCGUCUGCUUCCUUCCGGAUGCAGGGAGGGCCUGUUGGGGCCGACGCUGCCUGAUUACGGCUGCGCUGGAGCAUCCAGUGUUGCGUAUGGCCUGAUUGCGAGGGAGAUAGAGCGGGUCGACAGCGGCUAUCGGUCAAUGUUCUCGGUGCAGUCGUCGCUCGUGAUGCUGCCGAUACACUCAUACGGCACUGACGCGCAGAAGGGCAAGUACCUGCCAGGUCGGCUGCCUGCCGAGAGAGAGGACACCAAUCAAAAGCACAGACACAUGCAUCGAUCUAUCUGUCUGUCUGUCUGUCUGCGUGUAUCCGAUGCUGUCUUUCUUUGCAGCACUUGCAUCUGGCGAGCUGAUUGGCGCCUUCGGGCUGACAGAACCCGACCAUGGUAGCUGACCUGACAGGCACUCAAGGGAUGCCUGCCUGCCUGCCCUGCAGGAAUGUAACUUUGAUGAGUCUGUCUGUCAAACUUGGUAUGCUAUGCGUAGGCAGCGAUCCAUCGGGCAUGAAAACCAAGGCCGUCAAACAGGUACCUAGGAUGGACAGGCAGACCGAUCGGGCGGGCGGAAUUGCACUGGCACUUGUGUGCGCUGAUGGAUGGAUGGAUUCACACAGGGCAGUGAGUAUGUCUUGUCUGGGGCAAAGACGUGGAUCACCAAUUCGCCGGUCGCAAACAUUUUCCUGGUCUGGGCACGCGACCAAGACGGUCAGUCUCCCCAACAGUCACCAUUGACGUCACGCAUUCAUCGUACGGCCCAAAGAUGGCCAUCUCUUCUCAUUCAGGCGUUGUGCGUGGGUUCAUCCUGGAGCGGGGCAUGGACGGGCUCUCUACGCCAUCAAUACAGGUAGGGGACAGACAGAAGGGUGGCCAGCGCAACGCACCUUAUCCGGCUGGCCGCGUGUAUCGUGUGUCUGUCCAGGGCAAGUAUUCCCUUCGCGCUUCACCAACGGGCAUGAUCAUCAUGGAGGACGUCAAGGUGAGCAUCCACUGCACAGCAUACAUCUGUAUGUGUACCUGUGUACCCGCCCCGCUGGCAGGUGCCUGUGGACAAUGUGCUGCCCCACACAGAAGGCCUGAAAGGGGCGUUGUCCUGCCUCAACAGUGCCAGGUAGCCAACCCACUACGGUUGACGUGGUCCGGUAAAUCGUCCAUGGUCGCCACUUACAGGCUGGGCAUCGCGUGGGGCACGUUGGGUGCGGCGGAGUUCUGUGUCGAGGUGGCCAGGAGGUACCUACUUGACAGGUGGGUACGGUACACACGCAGAGAGAGAGAGCAAAGGGGGGAGGGGGGGGGAACGGUCCAUGUUAUUCCGCUCAUCUGCUUUUCUGCUUUGUGCUAACGCAGGGAGCAGUUCGGCAAGCCGCUGGCGUCUCAGCAGCUGCUGCAGUACAAGCUGGCAGAUGCAGUGACCGAGAUCACACUGGGCCUCCAAACCGUCCUCAGAGUGAGCUCACCUCAUGGUCCCGCUUAUUCAUGCGCAGAUGGUGUAAAUGCUGCUGCUGCAGGCAUCCCGUCUGAAGGACGAGGGCCGGCUGCACUCCAACGCCAUCAGCCUCAUCAAAAGGAACUCAUGCUGCAAGGUGAGCAGAGCAGUGAGGGCUCUCGUCACUCAGGGUGCUGGCUGGGCUGCCCUCUGUGUUUGCGUGUCUGUAUGCGAUGGGUGCUCUUGCAGAGCUUGGAGAUCGCUCGGAUGUGCAGAGACAUGCUGGGAGGUGAGCACACACAGCACUUAGUCCGAGUGAGACCUGAGAAGAGUACAUCUGUGUGUGUGGUGGGGGGGGGGGUCAUGGUCAUGCAGGCAACGGCAUUGUCGACGAGUACCACAUCAUACGCCAUUUGCUCAAUCUGGAGGCCGUCAAGACAUACGAGGGGACCCACGACAUACACUCUCUCAUACUGGGCAAGGCCAUCACAGGGCUGCAGGCAUUCAAAUGACAUUCAUUACUUCCACUUUAGUGGGUGCCUGCCUGGUGGGGGCGGUGUACUGACUGUAGGUGCCUGCAACGCUCUUUUUGCAAUUAAG